AUGCAGACCCUCGAAGUUUUCAUGAAUUCGACGCCUGACCCGUGGAACAUGACAUCACUAUUGGAAAAUUACACGUAUUAUAAUGAUACAAACAUUACAGAUUUACAAUCGAGAAAUCAAUUUAUACUUCCAUGGUGGAGACAAAUGAUAUGGACAUUGUUGUUCGCGGGAAUGAUCAUCGUGGCAACUGGUGGCAAUUUGAUAGUCAUUUGGAUCGUAUUAGCGCAUAAACGGAUGCGCACAGUCACCAACUAUUUCUUGGUAAACUUGAGCAUCGCAGAUGCGAUGGUAUCUACAUUGAACGUCACGUUCAACUAUAUCUAUAUGUUGAAUAGCCAUUGGCCCUUUGGCACAUUGUAUUGCAAGAUAUGUCAAUUCGUCGCUGUACUUACUAUAUGUUCCAGUGUCUUCACUUUAAUGGCGAUUUCUAUAGAUAGGUAAGUAUAUUGUUCUUAAUCUUAAAGCUAGAAUUUAUACAUUUAUGCAUUUAUUUCAUUUCUAGGUUUAAUAAGAAACAAUAA